AUGAGCAACUACCCAUACGGGCCGCCUCCGCCCCCGCCACCCCCAAGCGCAGCUCCCUCGACGACGUACCCUGCGUACGGCCAGAGCCAGGGCUACCAAGGGCAUCACCAACAACGCGGUGGUCAUGGGGGAUCUGGACACGGCAGGGGCCGUGGCGGAGGAUACCACCACAAUCAGGGCCGCCGCGAUUAUGGACAAGCAUACCACGAUACGUCGAGCUAUGCCCAGACAGCAAACCCGUCACCGGCUUACGGGGCACAACCGCCAAAUGGAUACUGGUCAGGCGCGCCGCAAGGAGGUCCUGCGAUACCACAUCAUGCGAGUCCUCCGCUUCCUGCAUCCAACUAUCAUCCAAACUACGCGCCGCAGCCGUACAAUGCAGUCCCCCAACCCUAUCAACCACCAUACCCGAGCCAGCCCGCUGCUUCCCCAUAUGGUCAAGGUUAUCCAUCAAACCCGCAUGAAUACUCGUCUCAGCAACCAUGGAGUGGAGGGGCGCAGCCAUACCCUUCCCAGUCGGCUAGAGGGGGCCGCGACGGGCAUCACGGUGGUCGUGGAGUGCCCAAACCUGAGUUCAACUCAAUGGGACCUCCAAUACGUAUGGGAUUUGACAAGCCGACUGAUCCACCGAGGCCCGGAAACAGCUACGCACCUCCUUUCCCGCCUUCGACAUUCCAGCAGUCCUCGCUACCAAAUCUUCCGGCACCGGUGCAUCAGUCCUAUGGCGGCAGACCGCAGUCUCAACACGGGCACAACAAUCGAGGUCGCGGGGGCCACAAGCACAACAAUAACAACAGGGACAACAACAAGAAUCGGCCCUCAAACAAUUCCAACGACAAGGCUCGCCCGAACGGGCAACGCCAACAAGGAGACCGCGCCCAGCACCAGAAAGCAGAUCAUACGAACACGAAAAAGAAGAAGAGGAAGACGAACACGCUCGGCUUGACACCUGGUGAUGGCAAUCAGUCGGACGAAGGACCUGAGGAUGAUGAGGCCUACAUGCAGGACUAUCUAGGCCAGGAAGUGCCAAAUAUCCCCGACAUGACCGCCUGGAUUGCCGCCCGCAAGGCCAAUUAUCCGACAAAAGCUCGUGUUGCCGAGAAGAAGGCUAGCGAAGACGCGAAGAAGGCCGAGCAGGCCGCUGCGGCCAAAACUGCUGCUCCAAAGGUCGAUCCAAUGGUGGAGAAGGCGGAAAAGCUCCGCAGACAACUUGAGCGUGUUGAGCGGAAGCUGGAGAAGCGUAAGCGCGAGGCCAACGACGAAGGCGAUGAUAUGCGCAUCGACGACGACGAGGAUUCUGAUACAGACGACGAAGCCCCCGAGUCUAUGUCAAUCAGAAAGACCCCCAACGCCCCUGCUGGGGGAAAUCCCGCCAGUCGUGCAGAUCCUACCACACAUUGCAAGUACUACGCGACUGGAGGGAAUUGCGGCAAAAAGGAUAAGUGCCGAUUUGUCCACGACCCGGCGGUUCGCGCGAGUGCCCUUGAGGAACGCAACAUGAACAAGGGUCGUAUGACGCUCAAGCAGAGACUGAUCCUCAACGAUAAAGACCAUGAAGAUAUGCAAGUUGUCAAGGCAAUUGUGCAACUGCGCGCUGAUGGACGAAUGUAG